CCUCUUUACAGUGCGUUAAAGUUAAAGUUACGAAGAUCACAGUGACCUGCUAAAAAAUCUCAUCAAAACGCUGAUUUAACUUCAAACUUGUCUAUUCGACUCGUAAGCUUGUAUUUGUAAAUGAUGGAAUACGCUGAUUCCUCUGUGUAUUUUCCAUUUACAUUUACUCAACAAGACAUUGACAAUGUUCUUUACGGAUACAUUCGCACUCCAGAAAAAACAAACAAUGGAUUUGCAUUGUCUGGAAUCUACAUCAACGCACCAAACAGUGAAAUCCAGUGGAACCCAUGGCUUGCCAACAUUUCUCAAGUACAUCAAGAAACAACCACGUGCCACCCCAUGCCAUAUAUGGAGUUGUUUCAUGAAGAGCUGUACGUUCAAAACUUACCUGAGACUGUAAAAAUUGUGGAGACAGUUUUACCGACUGGAAGACACAGAGCAGUGUUUUGUGGCCAGCGGAGGAUUUCCAAAGGAACACGGUUUGGUCCGUACACGGGGAGUAUUGUUUUACCGCUGGAUUUGAGAUCACUGGAAAAGAACUGCGUCUGGGAGAUAUUUCAAGACGGAGAAUUGACACAUUAUGUAGACGGAGCAGGCGACCAAACAAACUGGAUGAAAUACGUCAAUUGUGCAAGGCACGAGGCCGAGCAGAACUUGGUACUCAUUCAAGAAGAGGGAGAGCUAUUUUAUGAAGUCUCCAAGGACAUUGCUGAAGGAAGCGAACUUUUGGUUUGGUAUGGGGAUAGCUACCUUAAAUAUAUGGGUAUUCCCAUCACCAUGAAAACCAAAAUGACCAAGAUGGACAAUGAAGGAGGAAUCGGUGGAGACAGCUUUGCUUGUGACCGUUGUGGUAAAGUUUUCGCCUACAAAUAUUACCGUGACAAGCACCUCAAGUACACACGAUGUGUCGACCAAGGUGACCGGAAGUACCCAUGCCACCUAUGCAACCGCUCCUUCGAAAAGCGUGACCGUCUUCGCAUACAUAUCUUGCAUGUCCAUGAAAAACACAGACCUCAUCAAUGCAAUCAGUGUGGCAAGCGGUUUUCACAGUCCUCGAGCUUAAACAAGCAUUUAAGGGUACACAGUGGGGAAAGGCCGUAUAAGUGUCCCUAUUGUAUCAAGGCGUUCACUGCGUCAUCCAUUCUACGGACCCACAUCCGACAACACAGCGGAGAAAAGCCAUUUAAAUGCCGACAUUGUGGCAAAGCGUUCGCCUCCCAUGCAGCUCAUGAUAGUCACGUGAGACGCACGCAUACCAAAGAGAAGCCUUGCAUUUGUGAAUUCUGCGGCAAAGCGUUUGCGCAGUCGUAUGAACUUAAAUUUCACAUGAACAUGCACACAGGUGAGAAACCAUACACCUGUGAAAAAUGUGGCCGAGGAUUUUCAAGCCCUUCGUCUCGUGAUCGCCAUCGAUCAAAUUUUGAUUGCACCACUCGGAAAAACCGAGCUCCGAAGAUGAUGCGAAAGGGUUCCGAAGGAAAUGAGAGUGACUUGAAUGGCGCAGACGCAGACGGGUUUAUAGCCGAGGAGGAACAAGUUAAAUAACUUCUGCUACUUAUCUAGUAGCUCACAAUUUCAAAUAUCAAAAUUCAUAAGAAUUGAAAUUUUUUCAAAUGGGUGUAAAGUUUAUCAAUUCAUGCUUGAAAUAAGAAACUAUCUAUUUCGAGCUGUCAGUGACAGAAUUGUCACCUGGUUGCACGCCGCGCAACCUCCAGACGGUUGGGUAAAAAAGAACUGAGAGAGACAACACCAGAAAAAGCAGACAUUAUAAUAAAAAGAGCUGAAGUACAGAA